AUGGUUUCCUCUCUGGCUCUCCUCACCCUCGCUUCGGGCGCUCUUGCCCUCAAGGUCACCUCGCCCGACUCCAACACCAACUGGAGCGCCGGUGAGAAGCACACCAUCAAGUGGGAGUCGGUCUCGAGCGACCAGCCCACCUUCAACAUCUACCUCUCCAACAAGGUCACCUACCCGCCCACCGACAUCCUGAUCGCCUCCGACGUCAAGGCCAGCGACGGCUCCUUCGAGGUCGAGAGCGGCAAGCUCCCCGCCGGCAACAGCUUCACCAUCAACCUGACCAACGGCACCAAGACCGAGCAGAUCUACGCUCAGUCGAACCAAUUCAACGUCACCGGGGGUUCGUCUUCUUCCUCCUCCUCUUCCUCCUCCAAGACUGCAUCUGGCUCGUCGACUGCCGUUUCGAGCACCAGGGCUGACUCUUCCGCUACAGCUUCGCCCACCGCGAGCGGCAGCGGCAGCGCCACCACCGCCAAGCCUACAUCGGCAGGUGCUUCGGGCUCCAGCUCGACUGCUACGGGCUCAGGCUCGGCCGCUAGCGCCACCAGUUCCAAGACCCCCAACUCUGCCAACGGCAAGAUUGUUGUCAGCUGGAUCGGUGCUGCCGCCCUCGCUGCCCUGGCUUUGUAA